CUCGGGGGUCCGCGUGCCGCCCUGUCGCCGUCGGAGCUGACGCAGCUGAGCUGGGCGGUGUUCCGAGCGCGGGAGAGGCUGUACCGCCCCCACCAGUGGGCAGCGGAGCUGCGGUUGGCAGCCCGGGGGGCGCUGCGGCGGCGGCCCGGGGCCCGCCACCUGCUGCCUGCGUCUCCGGGGCUAGGGGGCCUUCAUACCCACACAGCUGUGGCUGCAGGCAUCGCUGAUGCUGCUGGGGCUGCAGCUGAGGGUGCUGCAGGUGUGGCUACUGAUGCGGUUGCUGCGCCGCCAAGCACUUGGGGUGCUACUGCUGUAGUAGCCGGUGUGGCUGCUGCGCCUUCAAGCGUUGGGGAGGCUAGCGCAGGGGGUCGCGGUGGGCCUAGCGGUAAGCCCGGCGAGGGGGAUGAAACCAGUUCGGAUGGCGAUGGUACGCUCGAGAAUGACCCAUGGGUCAGUUGUCAGGGCGUUGACGCACUGCUCGCCGCCGUUGCCACGUCAGCUGACAGCAGCAGCAGCAGCGGAUCUAGCCAUAGCCGAAACGGGGCACCCAGCGGCGGUGCUGGUAGCGAUGGCAAUGGCAGCGACGGCAAUGGCGACAGCAAUGUCAGCGAGGCGGAGUGUUGCCGCCUGGCAACCUGGCUGCUGUACCAACCGCCGGAAGUGCUGCUGCGGCUGCGCAAGUGCCUCAGGACAGGCGAAGAGGACUUCUGGACUUCCAUAGGGCCCAAAAACCCACAUCAAUACCAUCAAUACCAACAUCAUCAUCAUCAUCGUCAUCAUCACCAGCAGCAGGAGCAGCCUGAUCGCCAGCAGCAACACACCUACCGGGACACAACCGCCUCCGCACCAGCCCCCCGCCUCCUCCUCACCACCCUCCACACCGCCUGCUGGCCCGGCCCCGCCUGGCUCGACGCCCUAGCCGCCGCCGCCACCUCCCAACUCACCUCCCCCGCCUUCCGCGCCCAAAACCUCGGCAUCAUUCUCUGGUCGCUAGCCGGUCUGGGAUACCGUCCUCCCC